UUGAGUACAUGAUUUUAGCAACAAUCAUCGCCAACUGCAUAGUUUUAGCACUGGAGCAGCAUUUGCCUGAUGAUGACAAGACUCCCAUGUCUGAACGACUGGAUGACACUGAACCAUAUUUCAUUGGAAUCUUUUGCUUUGAGGCAGGAAUUAAAAUAAUUGCUUUAGGGUUUGCUUUCCACAAAGGUUCUUACUUACGGAAUGGCUGGAAUAUCAUGGAUUUUGUUGUGGUCCUGACUGGUAUUGUUACUACAACAGGGGCAGAAUUUGAUCUUCGGACACUGCGUGCAGUUCGAGUCCUUCGACCCUUGAAAUUGGUUUCUGGAAUUCCAAGUUUACAAGUUGUGCUUAAGUCCAUCAUGAAGGCAAUGAUCCCCCUGCUUCAGAUUGGAUUGCUACUUUUCUUCGCCAUUCUCAUGUUUGCAAUCAUUGGAUUAGAAUUUUACAUGGGAAAAUUUCAUAAAGCGUGCUUUGAUAGCAACAAUGAAAUAGUGGGAGAGUCUCCUUGUGGGACAGACUCACCCGCUCGAACCUGUCCAGUUGGAAUGAACUGCACUGAAUACUGGGAAGGGCCAAAUUAUGGAAUUACCCAAUUUGAUAACAUCCUGUUUGCUGUGCUGACUGUAUUCCAGUGCAUCACCAUGGAGGGCUGGACUGAUCUCUUGUAUAAUAGCAAUGAUGCCUUAGGAAACACCUGGAACUGGUUGUAUUUUAUCCCCCUCAUCAUUAUUGGCUCUUUUUUUAUGCUGAAUCUUGUCCUUGGCGUCCUGUCAGGAGAGUUCGCCAAAGAGAGAGAGAGGGUGGAAAAUAGACGUGCAUUCUUAAAACUGAGGAGACAACAGCAAAUUGAGAGAGAACUGAAUGGUUAUCUAGAGUGGAUUUGUAAAGCAGAAGAGGUGAUACUUGCAGAGGAGGAGACUGACACUGAGGAAAAAUCGCCCUUUGAUGCUAUGAGGAGGGGAACAAUAAAAAGGAGCAAAACUGAUUUAUUGAAUCCUGAAGAGGGUGAAGAUCACCUGGCGGACAUUUCCUCUGUUGGAUCUCCUUUUACAAGAGCAAGUAUUAAAAGUGCCAAACUUGAGGGAUCUUCAUUUUUCCGUAAGAAGGAAAGACGGUUUCGCUUCUUCGUCCGACGGGUAGUGAAAACUCAGGCCUUUUACUGGACUGUCCUUAGUCUGGUAGCACUCAACACGUUGUGUGUUGCAAUUGUACACUACAAGCAGCCAGAUUGGCUCUCCGACUUCCUCUACUAUGCAGAAUUCAUUUUCUUAGCACUCUUUAUGUCAGAAAUGUUUAUAAAAAUGUAUGGGCUUGGGAUUAGGCCUUACUUUCAUUCUUCUUUCAACUGUUUUGAUUGUGCGGUUAUUAUAGGGAGUAUUUUUGAAGUGUUCUGGGCUGCUGUUAAGCCAGGUACCUCUUUUGGCAUCAGUGUUUUACGGGCACUCAGGUUACUUCGAAUAUUCAAAGUUACAAAGUACUGGGCUUCUCUUCGAAACUUGGUUGUCUCCUUACUGAGUUCCAUGAAGUCUAUUAUUAGCUUAUUGUUCCUAUUGUUCCUCUUUAUCGUUGUAUUUGCCCUUUUAGGGAUGCAGCUCUUUGGUGGCCAAUUUAAUUUUGAGUCUGGCACACCCUCUACCAACUUUGAUACUUUCCCUGCAGCAAUAAUGACUGUAUUUCAGAUUCUGACUGGUGAAGAUUGGAAUGUCGUGAUGUAUGAUGGGAUAGAAUCCCAGGGCGGUGUUAACAGAGGGAUGAUUUCUUCAGUCUAUUUCAUUAUUCUGACUCUCUUUGGAAACUACACUCUGCUGAAUGUAUUCUUGGCCAUUGCUGUGGACAACCUUGCCAAUGCACAAGAACUCACAAAGGAUGAACAAGAAGAGGAGGAAGCUGCCAAUCAGAAACUUGCACUGCAGAAAGCCAAGGAGGUAGCAGAAGUGAGUCCAUUGUCAGCUGCCAACUUGUCAAUAGCUGCUACAGAGAGGGUAAGACCCCCUUCCCCUAGGACCUCAAUGUACUACAAUGAUGCCUGCAUUCAAAUGAAAGAGCAACAGAAGAACCAGAAACAUGGAAAGACAGUGUGGGAGCAACGAAUGAAUGAGAUGAGAAAGCAAAAUCUGCUGACCAGUCGGGAGGCUAUUUACAAUGAAUUAGACCCUGAUGAGAGGUGGAAAAUGGCUUACUCUAUGAAUAUUCGACGUGACAUGAAAACACACUUGGAUCGGCCUUUGGUUGUUGACCCUCAGGAAAACAGGAACAACAACACUAACAAAAUGAGGCCUUCAGAACCCUCACAUGAUCAACGAAGCAGUCAACAAAGGGCAGAGGAGUUUCUGAGAAAGCAGAGUCGUUACCAUGAUCGAGCUAAUGAUCCAAACAAAGAGAGGAUAAGUGAUAGAGAAAUGGGGGGAUUGGAGCAGGGAGACAGGCCCAGGAGGUAUCGCAGUAAUAGCAAAGAAGGAGAAACAAAUCGAGAUGGUAUUCCUAAAGAUGUGGAAUACCGUGGAAAAGACCGUGAGGGAAACAAUGAAAGGAACACACGGGAUGGUGAUGGUGAAAGAAAUAGAACCAAUGAACCCCACAGGCGUCACCACAGACCAGGAGUAAGCAAAGAAGGGAGAACUGCUUCACCCAGGACUGAAGGAGACAGAGAGCGCAGACACAGGCCACACCGGCGUAAUGCAGAAAGUCAUGAUGUCAGUGGAGUAGAGGAGGGUGUCAAAAGUGAAAAAAGUGAGAGGCGCUCAAAGCACAGGGAGGGUCCUCGGGGCAACAAGGAAGGGAAAGGAGGUGCGGAAAGUGAAAACCCAGAUGGACCAGAGAAACGCCGUAGGAGCCGUCAUGCUCAAUCCACUUAUGAUAAUGACACAAAAAAAGAGAGGGAUGAUAAAGAUCCAACAGCAAAGGAAAGGAGACACAAACGGAAGAAAGAAAGCCAUGGAAGUGGGCCUCCUGCUCCAGGUGGUCCAGCACUUUCUACCACACGACCAGUGCAACAGGAUGUGAGCAGGCAGAAUGGACAACAGACAGAAGAUAUAGACAAUCUCAGAAACAGCAAGCUGGCAACCCAACCCUCCAAUCCCAGGAAUACCAAUAAUACCAAGGAUGGCACAAAUCCAGCUAACUUUUCCAAUCCCGUCAAUCUUCAUAAUCCUGGAAUAAUUGGAAACCAUACUAACCCUCAUAAUCUGGGCAACCCAUCUAAUCCCCACAAUGUAACCAAUCGUAAGGCCCCAACUACUGCACCUGGAAAUCCUACCAAUCCUGGGAACCCCAAAAACCCAGAAAACAGCCUGAUACUCACCAAUCCAACUAAUCCAACCAAUCCUAACAAUCCAGCAAAAAAUACUAAGAAGCCUGAACAUACAACAAUUAAUAUCCCAUUUGCAGAUCCAUCUUUGCAAGUAAACAAAAAUGCAAACACCGAUGCUUUGCCGAAAAAGGAAGAAGAAAAGAAAGAAGAGGAACAGAAAGGUGGUGAUGAAGACGGACCGAAACCAAUGCCACCCUAUAGCUCCAUGUUUAUAUUCAGCACUACAAAUCCACUGCGCCGAGCUUGCCAUUAUGUUGUAAAUUUACGCUACUUUGAAAUGUGUAUCCUCAUGGUCAUCGCAAUGAGCAGUAUUGCACUGGCUGCAGAAGAUCCUGUCCAACCAAAUGCUACAAGAAAUAAUGUUUUAAGAUACUUUGACUAUGUAUUUACCGGAGUCUUUACCUUUGAAAUGGUUAUUAAGAUGAUUGACCUUGGGUUGGUCCUGCAUCAAGGGGCAUAUUUCAGGGAUCUAUGGAAUAUUCUGGAUUUCAUCGUAGUCAGUGGUGCACUCGUGGCUUUUGCUUUCACUGGGAGCAAAGGGAAAGAUCUGAACACCAUCAAAUCUCUGAGAGUGCUUCGAGUGCUACGACCCCUUAAAACAAUCAAACGGCUGCCUAAACUCAAGGCUGUUUUCGAUUGUGUGGUAAACUCCUUGAAGAAUGUGCUCAACAUCCUGAUUGUUUACAUGCUCUUCAUGUUUAUUUUUGCUGUGGUUGCUGUGCAGCUAUUUAAGGGCAGAUUUUUCUACUGCACUGAUGAAUCCAAAGAGUUUGAGCGGGACUGCAGAGGACAGUACUUGGUCUACAUGAGGGAAAGUGAUAUUAAAGCACAGAAGCGGGAGUGGAAGCGAUAUGAGUUCCAUUAUGACAAUGUGCUAUGGGCUUUACUGACUCUCUUCACUGUGUCAACUGGAGAGGGCUGGCCAGAUGUACUGAAACAUUCAGUAGAUGCUACCUAUGAGAAUCAAGGACCCAGCCCUGGCUAUAGGAUGGAGAUGUCUAUUUUUUAUGUUGUCUACUUUGUUGUCUUCCCUUUCUUCUUUGUUAACAUCUUUGUGGCCUUGAUCAUCAUCACUUUCCAAGAACAGGGAGAUAAAAUGAUGGAGGACUAUAGUCUGGAAAAGAAUGAGAGAGCAUGCAUUGACUUUGCUAUCAGUGCCAAGCCCUUGACACGUCAUAUGCCACAGAACAAACAAACCUUUCAGUACAAAAUGUGGCAAUUUGUGGUGUCACCCCCAUUUGAGUACACCAUUAUGGCUAUGAUUGCACUCAAUACUGUGGUGCUAAUGAUGAAGUUUUCCGAUCAGCCACAAUCUUAUGAUGAUGUCCUAAAGUAUCUCAACAUGGUGUUCACCAUUUUGUUCUCAUGCGAAUGUAUCCUGAAAAUUAUUGCCUUUGGAAUUCUGAACUAUUUUCAGGAUGCCUGGAAUGUAUUUGAUUUUGUCACGGUCCUGGGCAGUGUCACUGAUAUAUUAGUGACGGAAUUUUGGAAAAAUAUUAUCAACCUGAGCUUUCUAAGGCUCUUCCGCGCUGCUCGACUUAUCAAGCUUCUGAGACAGGGUUACACCAUCCGUAUCUUGCUGUGGACAUUUGUCCAAUCUUUUAAGGCAUUACCUUAUGUCUGUCUCCUGAUCGCAAUGCUGUUCUUCAUUUACGCCAUAAUUGGCAUGCAGGUGUUUGGAAAUAUUGCAGUUGAUGAUGAUGAAGACAGCGAAAUUAAUCAUCACAACAACUUCAGAACAUUCUUCCAAGCUCUGAUGCUCCUCUUCCGGAGUGCAACAGGGGAAGCGUGGCAUAGUAUCAUGUUAUCAUGCUUGGGUGGCAAACCUUGUGAUGAACGAUCUGGCAUCAGUGGGAAUGAGUGUGGCAAUGAGAUUGCCUAUUUCUACUUUGUCUCCUUUAUUUUCCUCUGUUCCUUCCUGAUGCUGAAUCUCUUUGUUGCUGUCAUCAUGGACAAUUUUGAGUAUCUGACACGGGACUCUUCAAUCCUUGGACCCCAUCACCUGGAUGAGUACGUCAGGGUCUGGGCUGAGUAUGAUCCAGCUGCCCGUGGCCGCAUCAGUUACACUGAUAUGUAUGAGAUGUUGAGACACAUGUCUCCGCCCUUAGGCCUGGGGAAGAAAUGCCCUGCGCGAGUUGCUUAUAAGAGGCUUCUGCGAAUGGAUUUACCAGUUGCUGAAGACAACAGUGUGCACUUCAACUCAACACUUAUGGCACUUAUUAGGACAGCCUUGGAUAUCAAAAUAGCAAAAGGAGGGGCUGAUAAACACCAAAUGGACCGAGAGUUGAGGAAAGAGAUGAUGUCUAUCUGGCCUAACCUCUCACAGAAGACAAUAGAUCUACUGGUCACGCCCCACAAAUCAACUGACCUUACCGUGGGCAAGAUCUACGCAGCUAUGAUGAUCAUGGAAUACUAUCGACAAAGCAAAGCCAAAAAGCUCCAGCUACUCCGUGAGGAGCAGAACCGAACGCCAUUACUGUUUCAGCGUAUGGAGCCACCUUCGCCUACGCAGGAAAUGGACCCAGGGCAGAAUACCUUACCAGAUCCCCAGCACAUAUCUGGAAAUGGCCUUGCACAAGAUGGGAUUAUGAAGGAGAGUCAAUCUUGGGUCACAGACCGAGCCCAAAAAAUGUUUCAGAAGACAGGGGCUUGGAGUCCUGAAAGAGGUCGGUCAGAAGAAAUGGAAGACACUCGACCAAGCUCCCAGGCUGUGGAGAUGCAAGAAAUGGGGAGGGACGGCUACUCGGACAGCGACCAUUACCUCCCGAUGGAAGGCCACAGUCGAGCAGCCUCCAUGCCACGGCUACCUGCAGAAAACCAAACUAUUGAAGAUACAAGCCCAAUUAAGAGAUCAGCAUCAACAUUGGGUCAUCAGCGCUCCAAAGGCAUGCGUCUGGAUGACUAUUCUCUAGAGCGGGUCAUCCCAGAGGAGACACAAAGAUCCCAUCGUCGGAGAGAAAGGGGUCAUAGGACUACUGAAAGGUCACAGAGCCGAUAUACAGAUGCUGACACAGCUUUUAUUGAUAUAGGGCUUGGAACAGACCUCAGUACCACAACACAAUCAGGCGACCUUCCUCCAAAGGAGAAAGAUCGUGAGCGAGGAAGACCCAAAGAUAGGAAGCAUCACCAUCACCACACAUCAUCAGACAAGGAACGCUACUCCCAGGAGCGGCAUGAGUACAGCAGACCUCGAUCGAGGGACAGGCGAUGGUCCCGAUCGCCCAGUGCGGGUCGCGAGUGUGUCCCUCAUAGACAGGUGGGUCUGCAGGGUUCACAGACCUUGCAAACAGAAUGAACCUUCAUAUAUCCUGCAUGCAACUCUGGCAAUAUGAAAAAGCUACUUAACAAUUUAAUUGAAAAACCUUUGCAAAAUGAUAUCAUUAGUGAAAGUCUAGAGUGUUGUUAAUGAUUCCAGUCACAAUGGACUGCAAAUUUCACCCCAACUGCAAUCUAGUGUAAGCACAACUGGGACUUCUGGCCACCACAAUAGCAACUCCAAUCAGAAACCCACCUUGACUAUAUUCACUGCCCAAACCCCAGCCUCCCGUGACCACAGCCCAAACCCCAGCCUACUGAAUUCAAAACUCCGAUCUCAAUCUCCUGUAAUCAAAACCCAAACCCAAGUCCUAUAUUCACAAUGCCAGUACAAACCAUCUGUAAUCAUAUCUCCCAAUCUCCUGUAAUCACAUUUACCUUAAACCCAAUCUCUUGCACUCAACAUCCCAACCUCAAUCUCCUGUAAUUGCUAUGUCAACCCUGUAUAAUCACAAUGUCAACACUAAUCUACUGUAUUCAUAAGACCAACCCAAUCAAUUGAAAUUACAGUCCCAGAACCCAAUUUCCUGGUUUCACAAAUCUAGCCCCAAUUUAAUCGCAAUCACAAAACCCAGCCCCAAUCUACAGUAAUCACAACCCUAUUUCCACCCAUUUCAAUUCUCCGCCUCCAGCUACUUCAAUGAAUCACGUUUUGUCCCAUCUGCAUUAGUUAAGGAACACAACUUAUUUUUUGCAAUUAACAAUUAACCCUAGUCCCACGUACUUACUAAUUGCAGAUUUUCUUUUAAUGAGACACUGAGAGGAGAAUUUCUUUAGUCCAAGGAUUUCAAUCGCUGUCAAACUACAGCUUAGUGUGUUCAUUAUUUGCAACAUGAUGUUUAAGAAUGCACUCAGGACUCUUCAAUAAAUUUAGAAUAUACUUCUAUCCUGAAUGUUUCCUAUACAAUGUUAAGUACAUCUGUUGGAGAAAGCAUCUGUAAAUCAGAGAUAAUCGAUUAGCGAAACAGGAAGAUUCUAAAUUACUGAUUUAUUCUUGAUAUGAGUAUUGGAUCUUAUCUCACUUAUCAGUUAGAGGGACUGUCAUUAUACAGUUACUAUCCAAGCCAAUUCCAAGACUAAAUGAGCAGUGAAUCUUGUGAAUAACUUAAGACAAUUUUGAGGUAAUAAACAAAUAAAAUGCACCUGUCAUUAGCGAGUGGAAUUGAACAAGAAACAGUGGGCAGCAACUUAUACAAUAAAAUUCCCAACGGAGAAAAGAUUUCAGGGUAAGAUAUUUCAAUAACUAUCCAUCCAUUGCAUGUAAAUGCCUAUCAUUUCAAGAUUCUAUACGCUGGUUCCACAUUGGAUCAGUUUGUGAUGGGUUAGCUGACUCAGCCAGCUUGAUACCAUGGAUUUAUAUUUAGCUGCAGACGACUUAGACAAAAUGAUUAUCCUAGGUUCCUACUCCUGAUCACUGUCCGUUGGAAUCUAAUCACUGCAGCAUCAUCACUCAGUGAGAACAUGGUGAGGCUCAAUUCUAAUGUGCUCAUGGUUAAGUACCUACUAACACUCAUCAUCUGGGCUAAGAAAAACUUGCACAAAACAGUGAUUUUAUGCUGGGAAGGCAAACACUGAUCAGGUCCAAUCAAAAACUUUUACCUGCGUAACCUUCCUCCUUUCUACUUCCCCAAUUUGCAACAUUACUCUUGCUAGCCAAUUGUUUGGUGGAUGGACACAGGAGGCAUGUGUACUGAUGAGGAGUCCUCUCUAGGAAUCAUUGGGAAGAAGCAAGCCACUUUAAGUAAGAGCUGGUCACCUAAAAAAGAAUUUGUUGGAUUUCAUGGACAUGAUUCAGGAAAUUCUAACACAUUAUGCCUCUUUUGAAUUUACUGAACUCCAAAGUUUGCAGUGAUGUGGCUGGAAUGUAUGAUUAUUCAUUUCCUUUUUUAUUGAAAUCCAAUAAGUUAUACCAAGAAUGCUGUCUCCCUUCUGCCUUCUGCUUUUCUGAAAGGCUGUUAGGCCAUACAAGUUAAAUGUUUUGGGCAAUAGAUGUUUCACAAAACAUUUGCACUUUGGAGGAUAUGUUUUGUUUAUUUACAAUUCCCUCCCUUCCCACACUCCAUUGAAAUACUCUGUAAGGAGAAGGAUUUUACCUAAACCAUAAUUACCUGGAGUUCUUCCCCAAAACUUUUAAACACAACAAACUUUAGAGGUUUUUGUGGAUUUGGAUGCUCUUCUUCUGAAUGAUACCUGCACAAUUGCAUUCAUAUGCUGUCCUCUCCCUUGCUUCGGAUCAAAACAUUUCAGAUGUUUAUAGGGUGGAAUCUGUGACCCAAAUCUGUAAAUCUUCAGGUGUUGCCCAAAUGCUUGUCUGAUAAUUAAUCUUUUAGAAUUGCUGUUUAGAUAGUCGGGGCAGUUUUUGUACUUUAUAUUCACUUCCAAAAUAAACAAGACAAAGACGACAACUUUGAACAGUAGACACCAAAAUGCUUAAAAUGAUAGAAAACAUUAAUGAUUCUAAAAGUUUGAAUUCACUUCACCCUGAAAGGACAGAAAAUUGAGAAGAAGAGAUUAGGAGAAAAAUAAACAGUAGGAGAAUGUGAAUUAUUUGAGUAUUUAUUCUGUAAGAUUGCUUUUCACUUGUUCUUUGGAAUGUAACAGACUCAAAUGUAGAAGAUGACUGCUACUUCUGAUGUUCAUGUAGAUUUAUAACUAAUAAUAGUCUUUCUUUGGGCCUUACAAACUGCCAUUGCAUUUUCUAGUUAAUCAUCAUACAUCAACACUUUGUUUUCCUAACAGUUGUGAUGAACCACGAUAUGAAUUAAGGCUACACUUUUCACAAUAAGUUGACAAAGGACGAACAAAUUUGGCUUUCUAAGGAGAUAGAGAUAUCCCCAAUUAUAAUAGCAAUCCAAGAGUUUAUUGUUACUUCUUGAUGCAUCUAUCAAGGUACGCUAUACGCAAUUAAUAUCAGCUAAGGAUAAAAAUGGCUGGCACAAUGUUUCCGGAUGGGUGCUAAGCAUGGUCAUGUCCAACUAUUCUCCCCAACAUUUUAGUGAGGGUGUCAAACAGGUUAACACCACUGUGAAAAGAAUAUGGGAACUAAAUUUGACUGAAUUAAAUGGAUGUACAAUAACAAAUCCAACGAAUCAUACCAUUGAAUAUUUUUAGUUAAUUGCCUUAACACUGUUUGAUAACUUGCUCUGAAAAGAAGUUAAUGGUUACAGUAUUCAAGGAAGUGAAAAGGUUCAGGUGUUGUAUUAUAUUGAGUUAUGUAUGGGUCUGGAAGAGCUAAUGCAUGGAAGAGCACAGUAAGCACCACCCACUGUGAAACAAUCAUGGGGACUUGGUAAGAGGAAAGAGGGAGCUUGUCGGAAACAAAAUUGAGGCUAUUCUAACAGUCUC